AUGGCAAUACGCACACCAUCACAGACGACGGCAUUUCGUGAAGAAGCCCGCGCGAUCAUUGCAAAGUCAGUAAAUGCUCGCGGAUCUAAGGACGUGGUUCUAUUUGCAGGCCAUGGCCGCACAAGUGCAAUUCAAAAGUUGAUCAAAGCCCUUGGUCUUAAUACGUCGAAGCGAUCGCGACGUCGAUCAAAACGUCCAGUGGUUUUUACGUGUCCAUUUGAGCACGACUUAAAUCUACUGCCGCGGCGUGAAAGCCUAGCAGCUGAUUUUGUCGAGAUUUCUGACGCCAACGAUGGUGGUCUAGAUGUGAAGGAGUUAGAGCGUCAAUUAAGACUCUACAGCAAUCGCAAACUCAAGAUUGGCAUAUUCACAGCUGCUACAAAUCUCACGGGCAUGCUUAUGGAUGUCGACAAGAUCUCCAAGUUACUACACCAAUUCGGUGCAUUGGCUUGUUGGGACUAUGCGACGGGUGCGCCAUACAUGGAAAUUGACAUGAAUCCAAGCGAUCUUCUCGCAUACAAGGACGCCAUUUUUUUUUCCGGCCACAAGUUUGUGGGCGGUCCGGGAUCUCCCGGUGUGCUAAUCGUGAAGAAGAAUCUCAUGCAAAACGAAGUGCCGACGACACCGGGAGGUGGGACCGUGCUCUUUGUCACUGAGAAGGCUCAAAAGUACUUGAGUGACAUUGUCUCGCGCGAGGAAGGGGGUACGCCAGAUAUUUUGGGUAGUAUUCGACUGGGUCUAGCUUUUAGGCUGAAAGAACGUGUCGGAGCUAACACGAUUAUGGCAUUGGGACGUCAUCACGCGCAGCACGUGCGUGAAACGUUAAUCAGAAAUUCGAACAUUGUGCUGUUCGCUCGCCAAACCGACAAGAUGGACCAGUUGCCAAUCUUUUCAAUAAUGAUUCGCUUUGAUGACCGUUUCCUUCACCAUAACUUUGUGUGCGCACUGCUGAAUGACCUUUUCGGUGUGCAGGCUCAUGGCGGUUGUCAAUGUGCCGGUCCGUACGCAGCUCGUAUGCUUGGACUGAAUAAAGAGCAUACAUUUGCGCUGGAACACGCUUUCUCGGAAGAAGAUGAAGCUAUUAAGCUGGGUGUCGUUCGAUACGAGCUAGACAUUCAUUCAGCUGUGUGGAGCCAUAUUUCGCGUAGUACGGCUUACUCGUCAGAAAAGAGUAGUCUGUCUGAUCUACAGUUCUGUAGUGAAAAUGCAGCUAAUUUGCCACCACAUUAUCAAACUACCAUCCACUGCAUCGCAACUCAUCGUCGGGAAAACUUCGAUCAGGCCGCACUCAAGGCGGACAUUUGUAUCAAGGAGGCGGCGCUGCUUGCUAACUUUCCGGAGGAUCAAAAGGUGUAUAAAAAGCACGAGUGGCUUCGUUGGUUUGUCUAUCCAUAUGAAGCUGUCGCAAAGUACAAGAUGGGCGUUGACAAGGAGAAGAUUACAGGUCCAUGCCAACCGAAAUUACACGUGGAGGACGCCACGAAUCAUAUCUGGGAUGGGAUGUCGUCUGUGUCUCAGCUGAAAGCAGCCGCUUUGAGAGGUUGA